ACGUUUGCCGAGGCUAUGUCCAAGAUGGGCAUCAAUUCAACCGAUGAGAUAGUGGUGUACGAUACUGUGGGUACCAUGUCAUCCCCACGCACGUGGUGGGCGCUGCGAGCAAUGGGACACACCCGGGUCAGUGUGUUGGAUGGAGGUAGGUAG